AUGACUUUGAAGGGCUUGUUAGAUGGCUUACAUGAUGCUGCCAAAAGCGACAACUACAACCAAAAGUUGGCAUGUCGUUGCACGGACCCCACUUGCUUCCGUCAGCACCCCGGUAUGCCGAUCAUGACGGGCCCGGCCCCCGACGAAUACCAAGCACAUGAAUGGGGCACUUCAUUCAAAUGA